ACUUUUUUUAUUAUUGUGAACAGGUGUUAGCAGUGAACGUACAAACAACAAUACCCGCUAAAAUGCUUAUGAACAUUUGGAUUAUAUUUGCGUUGUAUGGUGGUGCGGUCGUUUCGUCGGAUCAUCAGGAAUCGAAUGAAGAAGACAACCGACAGAGUUAUAACCCUGAAUACCACACUUGGGCCGUGCUCGUGGCUGGCUCCAAAGGGUGGAUACGAUAUCGUCACCAGUCGAACGUCGGUCAUGCUUACAAAUUACUAACGUCCAACGGAAUACCUAGACACCGAAUCAUAACGUUCAUGUAUGACGAUAUUGCAUAUAAUCCAGAAAACCCUGACCCUGGUGUGAUUAAAAACGAGCCCAAUGGUACUAACGUCUAUGAAGAUGUUCCUAUUGAUUACUCUGGAGAAAACGUUUCCAAAGAUGUGUUUUUAGAUGUACUUCUAGCACGCAGGGCAAAUGUAAAAUCUAUCGGAUCAGGUCGUGUACUAGGCAGCGAUAAAUCAAGCAACGUGUUGUUAUUCUUUACGGGUCUCGGUACUCAUGACCGCUCUGUAGUAUUCCCUAAUGACGAUGAGCUGUUUUCACAAGAAAUUAUCAAGAACUUCAAAACACUAUAUGACCUCAAUAGAUAUAAAAAUCUGUUAGUCUUUUGGGAAUCUAGUCACUCUGGAACUUUGUUUGAAGAUAUUCUACCUCACAACAUAAGGGCUUUGGUCGCCACAGCCGGUGGUCCAGACGAAGACACUUGGGGUGAAUUUUGCGAUAUCGAUAUCAAACCAUGUCUGGCCGGUCUGUUUAGUUACCAUUGGAUGAGCCUUUACGAACAAAUGGAAACGAAACAACAAAAGUCCAUAAGUAUAUUCGAUCAUUUCGAUAGCCUCAGAAAUACUGUGUCACAUACAAAAAAGGAACACCCUCAAUUGUACGGCCACUGGAAAGUCGGCAAUUUGCCUAUCAGUUAUUUCUUAGGAUCCCGGAAGCCAAAUGUUACAUCGAGAGCGGAAAAGAAAAGAUUGAAUAUGAAAUUCGGACACCAGAGUAACGAUAUCGACAGCGUUGUGCACCGCCCACUUGAUCAGUUAACUGAGACAUUAGAUGUACAAUCAGCAUUAACACGUAUUGUUGAUUUGGUCAUCGGCGGCGACAGCAGUAUUAAAAAAUAUAUCAAAAAAGAUAGCACGACGGAUGCUUUCAAUAGUAAAUGUUUCAAAGAUUUGAUAUCAUCGUUCAACGACAAGUGUAUAGGAAAAAACAAAGAUAUUAUGCUGCAUAAAGAAGGAAAAAAUAUUUUGGCGAAUUUAUGCGAUACUUCCAUUUUACUAAUCAAACGUAUGGAACCUACUCAGGCCGUGGAAAUCAUUUGUUAAUCAUUAAACAACUUACUUUUGCGUUUAAUCACUUAUAAAUUACUAAUAGUAGGUGUAUGAAUCUAUAAUAUAUUUAUAAUUUAUAAAUAGUUAAAAAAAAACGUAGAAAACAAUUCAAGGUUGGGUUAUAUAUUUUAUGAAAUAAACAAGAAUGGUUUAAAUAUAA